GCUAGCUGACUGUGCAGCCCUGGCAACCGCGCAAAAAUGAACAAUUCUUGUGUUUACAACCGAUAAGAGAAGAGCCGCGCCGGAAUGAACUAUUUCCCGAACUAUUACUCCAUCGAGGACAUCUUCGUGACCCAGGAGAAGGUGGAGUGCCGGGUGAACACGAAGCUGCAGCGGAUGGGCUUCCUGGAUGCCGGCGCCGAGACGGAAGACUUGGAGCCCGGACGCACGGUCAACCUGCCGCUCUGGUACAUCAAGGAGCUGAAGGUGAACAACGCCUACUUCACCGUCUCAGUGCCGGAGAUCUACCGCAACGUGCACAAGGCCGUCUGCGAGGCGGAGACCACCCAUAUCGAGCUGGGGCGCCUGCAUCCGUACUUCUACGAGUUCGGCCGCUAUCUGACGCCCUACGACCGCCACCACGUCAUCGGACGGAUCAUCUUCGAGACGCUCCGCCAGCGGGUGCGCCACUUGCUGGACAUCUCCAAAAGCGACGGCCAGGCGGCCAAGCCGGAGCACCGCCUGGACAACAUAGAGGCCAAGCUGCACGAGGCGGGAGUUCGAACUAACAGCCAGUACAUUGAAUGGCUGCAGAUGACGGGCAACAAGAUCAGAACCUCGGAGCUGGUGGAGGAGCACCAGAAAAAGCGACGGCGGGCGGAUCGCAGCGAUGACGAGGGCGAGGUCCUGCCCAACAGCAAGCGGGCCACCUUAUGAUCCAUCCCAGCACAGUAAACUACCCCUGGCAGAUGUCUUGGAACUGUAGCAACUUUAUUUCGUCCAUUCUUUUGGUGGCCACAGGGCGGCCUUACCUCUCAAAAAUACACUUGAUCUAUGCACUCGGCUAUGUCCAUUUGUACAGUUCAAAAUACAUGGAAUCGCAUACAUCUACACAUAACUAAGCAUCCGAUCUGGGGCCGGUCUUAAACUAUACUCCUAGGAGCUGCCGGUUUGCGCUUUCCAUGGACUUGGCAAUAAGCCAAAUAACCGCGCAUCCUUCUACGACAAUGCGCCACAUUAUUACAUAUAAAUAGUUAACUACAUAUAUAAUUAUAAUCUUGUAAGCUCAAUUAAAAUUUGAUUUUGUGCUAGUUUCACAUACAUUUCACAAAUAAACAUUCGCCAAUGUCAGCAUA